UGAAGGCCGGCCCGGGUGCCCCCCGCAACACCCCGCGGAGCCCAGGGGAACAGGCAGCUCUCGAACGUCCUCCCGUGCCUUGCCGAGAGCCCGUCGCGUACGUAGGGGUAGCGGGGUGCGCAGAGGGGCGCCCCGGCUGUGAUUUCUGCCCCUUUCCACCCCCUUUGCUCCGUGCCACUUGGUGCUGCCGUCAGGGAAUUCCACGCCGAGCCGCCGGAGCACCGCGCCAAGCAAGGAGCGCAGAAACCAAACCCGCGCCUAGGCACAACGCUGCGUCCAAAACCAACCAGAGAAGCGCUUAUUGCAAAGGAGAGAUUUUUCUUUUAAGCUACCAUUAUUUUUUAAAUCGAGCGGCGAGACGCAGCRGGGUGAAAACACCCGCGUCUCGGCGCGGGCGCGAGGAUUUCCCGGUGAUUUCCCGCCGCGCGGAGGCCCGYGCCGCCGCUGCGCCCCGCGCCCGGCCGCCACCUCACCAUGAUGUUUCGAGACCAGGUCGGCGUGCUGGCCGGCUGGUUCAAGGGCUGGAACGAGUGCGAGCAGACGGUGGCUCUGCUCUCGCUGCUGAAGCGCGUGAGCCGGACCCAGGCGCGUUUCCUGCAGCUCUGCCUCGAGCAUUCCCUGGCAGACUGCACCGAGCUGCACAUCCUCGAAGGGGAGGCCAACAACCCCGGAAUCAUUAACCAAUGGCAACAAGAAUCCAAGGAUAAAGUGAUUUCCCUCCUGCUAACCCACCUGCCGUUACUGAAGCCGGGCAACAUCGAGGCGAAAGUCGAAUACAUGAAACUCUUGCCCAAAAUCCUGGCCCACUCGAUCGAGCACAACCAGCACAUCGAGGAGAGCCGGCAGCUGCUGUCCUACGCGCUCAUCCACCCCGCCACCUCGCUGGAAGACAGAAGCGCCCUCGCCAUGUGGCUCAACCAUUUAGAGGACCGCACGUCGGGCGGCUUCGGCAGCCAAAGCAGRGGCCGGUCCGAUUCCGUGGAUUACGGGCAGACGCACUACUAUCACCAAAGACAGAACUCCGAUGAUAAACUCAACGGAUGGCAAAACUCGCGAGACUCGGGCAUAAGUGUCAGCGCGUCCAGCUGGCAGGACAAAAACCUGGCGUGUGAGAACGGCCAUCUGCCCCUCUACUCCUCCUCCUCUGUCCCCACAACUAUCAAUACGAUUGGAACUAGCACAAGCACGAUUCUCUCAGGCCAGACACACCACAGCCCUUUGAAACGCUCUGUGUCCCUUACCCCACCCAUGAAUGUGCCAAACCAGCCUCUAGGACAUGGAUGGAUGUCUCAUGAGGACUUACGAGCUAGAGGACCCCAGUGCAUCCCUUCCGAUCAUGCCCCCCUGUCUCCACAAAGCAGUGUAGCCUCUUCGGGAAGUGGUGGGAGUGAACAUUUAGAAGAUCAGCCUUCCGCUCGUAACACAUUCCAGGAGGAAGGGAGUGGGAUGAAAGAUGUUCCAGCCUGGCUGAAGAGCCUCCGUCUGCACAAGUACGCGGCGCUCUUCUCUCAGAUGACAUACGAGGAGAUGAUGGCGCUCACCGAAUGCCAGCUCGAGGCACAAAACGUUACCAAAGGCGCAAGACACAAAAUAGUCAUCAGUAUCCAAAAGCUAAAAGAGAGACAAAACCUUCUCAAAUCUUUAGAAAGGGACAUCCUGGAAGGCGGCAACUUGCGCGUCCCGCUGCAGGAGCUGCACCAAAUGAUCCUCACCCCCAUCAAAGCCUACUGCUCCCAGAACGCCAGCGCGGACGAGCACGGCCGCGACGCGGACCCGCAUCACCCGCCUUCCCUGCUGGCCUCCGAGGGCCAGGGGCCCGAGUGCAAGGAGCCUGCGGUGGGGGGGCUGCAGCAGCACCACUUGCCSGGCUGCGAGGGCGAGUCCGGGGGCGCCCCUCUGCCCGAGGGAGACCUGCCCGGCCAGUUCACACGAGUCAUGGGGAAAGUGUGCACACAGCUUCUAGUUUCCAGACCCGAUGAAGAGAAUAUAAGUUCCUACUUACARCUCAUAGACAAGUGUCUAAUUCACGAGGCGUUUACAGAGAUACAGAAGAAAAGACUGUUGUCAUGGAAACAGCAGGUGCAAAAACUCUUYAGGUCUUUCCCUCGGAAAUCCCUCCUGGAGCUGUCAGGCUACCGGCAGCAGAGGAGCCGAGGCUUCGGCCAGUCGAACUCCCUGCCGACAGCUGGCUCUGCGGGCGCGGGAAUGGGCAGGCGGAACCCCCGGCAAUUCCAGAUCCCCUCGCGCAACCUCCCCGGCGCCCGCCUGGGGCUGCUGGGGCCGGGCGGGCUGCUGGGCCCGGCGCAGCGCGGCGCCGCCGCCGGCCCCGCCAUCCUCAAGCCAGGCCGGCAGAACCUGUGGUUUGCCAACCCYGGCGGCAGCAACAGCAUGCCCAGCCGGAGCCACAGCUCGGUGCAGAGGACGCGCUCGCUGCCCGUGCACACCUCCCCGCAGACCAUGCUCAUGUUCCAGCAGCCAGAGUUCCCGGUGCCGGUGACGGAGCCCGACAUCAACAACCGGCUGGAGUCCCUGUGCCUGAGCAUGACGGAGCACGCGCUCAGCGGUGAGCACUCCCUCCUCCUCGGGCUCUUCCAGCGCGUCCGCGCGGCCGAGCCCCCCGGCGCCUGCCCCUGCUCCGCGCCCCCCAAGCCCUGGGACGGCCUGUGGCUCUGA